CAAUCAAAUUGGGGUGACCAAACCAGAAACAUAAACACAUGGAUCAAAGAAAGAAAAUUUUGAUCAAAUCAAUCUCUACUUUGCUGAUCAUUCUUCUAUGUGCAGCAAAUAUAACAGAAUCAGAGCCUACAAACCCUAGCAAGAAGCACUUUGUACUGGUUCAUGGUUCCUGCUUUGGUGCUUGGUCAUGGUGCAAGCUUGUGACCUUAAUGAAGUCAUCUGGUCACAAUGUCACUGCCAUAGACCUAGCUGCUUCUGGGGUUGACCCUCAGCAGGCAAAAGAUCUGCAAUCAAUUUCUGACUACUUCAAGCCCUUGACGGAUUUCAUGGCAGCUCUUGAUCCUCCACAUGAUAAGGUCAUCCUUGUUGGUCACAGUCUUGGUGGGUUGGCCAUUUCUUAUGCCAUGGAAAGAUUUCCAGAUAAGAUAUCUCUAGGUGUUUUCGUCACUGCCUUAAUGCCUGGCCCGACCCUCAACAUCUCCACUCUUAAUCAAGAGUCGUUCAGAAGACAAGGAUCUCUAUUAGACAGCAAAUACACAUAUGACCAAGGCCCAAACAAUCCUCCAAUCACUCUCACAUUCGGCCCAUUGUUGUUGGCAACAAACGUGUACCAACUCAGCCCAACUGAGGAUUUAGCACUAGGCACCAUGUUAAUGAGACCUCAACGCUUGUUUAGUGAAGAGGACCUGUCCAAAGAACUCAAGCUAACCCGUGAGAAAUACGGGUCGGUCAAUCGGGUUUACGUCUUAUCCGGCGGAGAUUUGUUGACGCAGAAGGAUGUCGAACGGUGGAUGAUUAAGAGGAACAGGCCAAACAGUGUGGUGGAAAUCACAGGAUCUGAUCACAUGGUCAUGAUUUCCAAGCCAUUAGAGCUGUGGGUGCAUAUCCAAAGAAUUUCUGAAAAAUAUUCCUAAUUGUUAAGUUAUUUUGUAAAAAUAAAAGCCAUGGAAAUUGGAUUUCCUAUUAGGCUAAUAUGCAUCAUGUAAUCGUUGUCUUCUAGAUAUCCAACCAGACACUAAAGCAUCAU